UCCGCCCUACGUCCUGCCUUGCCCUGCGCCGCGUGCCACUCCCGGACUGCUCCGCGGGGGCCACCCCAGAUCGGCCGAGACGCGGCUGGCCCAGCCUGUGCGAUCAGCCUGAGCCCCGUGGCCGCGAACCCGGCCGGCCGGACAGAUGCUGGGCGCGAUGGCAGAACUCGCCCUCGCCCCGGUCACGCGGCAGGUCAGCGGCCGCGCCGCCCCGGCCGCAGUCCAGAGGGGCCCGGAGCGCGGGCAGCCCUUGGCCGCAACAGUGGCGGAGCUGCCUGUGCUGGACGCCAACGGGAGGCAGGUGCCGUUCGGCGCGCUGUUUCGGGAGCGCCGGGCUGUCGUGGUCUUCGUGAGGCAUUUCCUGUGUUACAUCUGCAAAGAAUACGUAGAAGAUCUGGCCAAAAUCCCCAAGAGUUUCUUACAAGAAGCAAAUAUCACCCUUAUAGUGAUUGGACAGUCAUCCUACCAUCAUAUUGAGCCUUUCUGCAAACUGACUGGGUAUUCUCAUGAAAUCUAUGUUGAUCCUGAGAGAGAAAUUUAUAAAAAAUUGGGAAUGAAAAGAGGUGAAGAAAUUGCCCCUUCAGGAAAGAGCCCCCAUGUAAAAUCAAAUAUCCUCUCAGGAAGCAUUCGGAGCCUGUGGAGAGCAGUGACUGGCCCUCUUUUUGAUUUUCAAGGAGACCCUGCUCAGCAAGGAGGAACCCUCAUCUUAGGUCCAGGUAACAACAUCCAUUUUAUACACCGUGAUAGAAAUAGGUUGGAUCACAAACCCAUCAACUCUGUUUUACAACUUGUAGGAGUUCAGCAUGUGGACUUUACAAGCAGACCUUCAGUUAUCCAUGUGUGAUGGUAUAGACUCUUACAACUUUCAAAUGGACACUUGGAACAUGACCUGAAAUGUUCAGAGUGUGGUAUCCUUGUACAAUGUCUCACUUGUUGGCUUUUCCCAACCUUUGAGGAGUUAUGAAAACAUAAAGAGACCAUGUACUAGUUGAACUGAAUGCUGGGAGGCAUCAGUUGUUAAAAAUAUGAUAUAUAUAUAUAUUUAUAAUUCUAUAGCU